AUGUUAAUGUUGUCCCUUACACUUGCUUUGUAUCCUGCGUCCUCACUCCUCACUCCUCACUUGUUGCUGAACCCCAUCCCCUUGGCCUCUGCUCUAAACAGUAAACACACUACAUUUUUCUCCCUUUUAUGAAUGCCUACUGCUACUACCUUCACUCUCUAACCACUCUCUCAUUAUCCAUUUCCUCCACACGCCUCCCUCUUCACCCCUGCAUUAUUCUUCUCUUCUCUUCCGCCGCCGCAACCACUACCACCACCCUUCCAUGCACACCACGUAGCUAACAAACAAACCAACCAACAAGCAAACACACAAGAAAAAAAAAACCAAACUUUCAGCAAACCACCUAUGGAUCUCUUCUCUUCCUCCCACUCCACUCUCAUUAUCUUCUUACUCCUCACACUCACACCUCAACAAGGUACUGUUAUGGGUGCUACCUUCACAUUCGUCAACAGGUGCGACUACACUGUCUGGCCCGGCAUUCUCGCAAAUGCCGGUAGCCCAGCACUCGACAGCACCGGUUUCGAGCUUCCAAAGGCCACUUCUAGAACCUUCCAAGCUCCCACCGGUUGGUCCGGUCGCUUCUGGGGCAGAACUGGCUGCAACUUCGACGGAUCCGGCUCCGGUUCAUGCCUCACCGGAGACUGCGGCUCCGGCCAAAUGGAGUGCAACGGCGCCGGUGCAGCCCCUCCCGCCACCCUCGCCGAGUUCACCCUCGGCACCGGCGGUCAGGACUUCUAUGACGUGAGCCUGGUGGACGGUUACAACCUUCCGAUGAUCGUUGAAGGCACUGGCGGGUCGGGGCAGUGCGCGUCGACGGGUUGCACUUCGGAUCUGAACCAGCAGUGCCCUUCGGAGCUUAAAGCGUUGGAUGGAAGCGCGUGUAAGAGCGCGUGUGAGGCUUUUGGGAGCCCUGAGUACUGUUGCAGUGGCGCGUAUGGGUCACCUUCCACUUGUAGGCCUUCUAUUUACUCGGAGAUGUUCAAGGCUGCUUGCCCUCGAUCGUAUAGCUACGCAUACGAUGAUGCUACGAGUACUUUUACGUGUACGGGUGCUGAUUAUACGGUUACCUUUUGUCCAUCCUCUCCAAGUCAGAAAUCUUCAAGAGACACAACACCAACAAUAGGGUCAGGCAUAGGAACACCAAUGACACCAACAACGCCCAUGGCUUCAGGAACUGGGAUUGGAACACAAACAGGAACCGGAACUGGAAUCGGAACCGGAUCAACAGGUUCCCAAGAAGGUGCAGGUUUUGCAUACACCGGUGCUGGUGUUGGUGUUGACCCUGGCCUUGGUUAUUCAUCAUCAGUUACUGGUUCUGGUUCGGGUUCAGGUUCCGGCGAAGCCAUGCUUGCAGAUGGUUCAUAUUUAGCUGGUUUAGCCAUGGGAGACUCACCUAGGAGUACAACAUUUUCCUCUGCUUUUCUCUAUCCUGCAAGCUUUUUUCUUAUUCUAUCUUGUUAUUUCCUUUAGGUUUUAGCUGCUAUUAUUGCACCAUUUUCAUGGACCUUGGUUUGUUAAAUUAAAUGUAAAUGGUUCUUAGGGAUAUUUUCGGGUUUUUUAUGGUGGGUUCGAUGAAUUUUGGCUCUUUGCAACUAAAGCUGGCACAGAUUCUUCUUGCAUUAUGUAAACCACUCACCUCAAUAUUCUCCCCCUCAUGGAAAAAAUGAAGGAAAAAAAAUCCAUGUUUCACGUUAAAGUGCUUUUUUCUUUUUUAAUAUUAAUGUUGGGAGUGUUUAUGUCUAUCUCUCUGCAAUGGGAGGAGAGCUUUUUGGGGUUCUAUGAUUGUUGGGGGAUUCAAAAAAGUUAACAUAUUGUACGCAAUUUUGGGCUGGCUUUGUUGGUUUCACAUGUAUCAUAUUCAUUGGUAAUGAUUAUUUAAAUUAAUGUUUACUCC